GCGGGAGAGUUCGCCAGUAUGGCUGUGACAGCCGUCUCGGCUAAAGCGGUGAUGGGCGUUUCAGGACCUGAUAAGAGAGCCGCAAAUCAGUUUUGACAACGCCUGGAAUACUCCAUAUAAAACAAUCUCCCUGUCAUGGGAGCAUUCAGUUCCUCUGAACCAGUUCAAUGUUGUCUGCAUGACUCCUCCUGGGACUGAAAAAAAUUAACCAGGCAUCUGCCCUGUUGGAAGAGAGCAGAAAAUGAUGAAGUCCCAGGGCUUAGUAUCAUUCAAGGAUGUGGCUGUGCAUUUUACCCAAGAGGAGUGGCAGCAACUGGACCCUGCUCAGAGGACCCUGUACAGGGAUGUGAUGCUGGAGAACUUCAGCCACCUGGUCUCAAUGGGAUAUCUAGUUUCCAAACCAGAUGUCAUCUCUAAGUUGGAACAAGGAGAAGAUCCAUGGAUCAUAAAGAGAGACAUACCAAAUUGGAUCUUUCCAGAUGAAAAUCAGGAAGAUGGGAGACAAGGGAAGUAAAAUAUCAGUUUGUUUUGUUUUCUUAAUUGAUUGAUGCCUGAGGUUUAUGUUCUAUCCUUACUGAAAUCUCUUAUUCUUUGUCCCUGUGCUGAGAAUUUAGUAGGCAUUCAACAAAUAAUUAAAUAGUUGUAAGCUUUUAGAAGGGGGAGCUAUUUCUUAACUGAUCUUCUUUCUCUCUGCAUAUAUGUAUAUUUUUAACACCUUUUAUGAGAGGCAAUAGAAAGGCAAAUUCCUCCCAAGAACAUAGGUUGUACUUCAGACAGUAAGACCUCCAGGUACAUGGCUCUACACAAUUAUAUGUCAAAUAUAGUUACUGUCUUAAAAGUUCAGAGAAAAUGAGAGUCUAAAGAUACAACAAUUCGAAAGGCAGUUUUCAGAGCAUGCAGCUGUAGCUGCUUUGAAAGAUAUAUAAAGUGUUGAUGAUGCUGAAGGAGGAGGGUAAAGGCAGACUGGUGGGGAGAGAGUAUAUGAACAAAACCUUGGAGUUAGAGAAUUAAGGCUUUUCUGGGAGAACUUUGCUAGUUUUACUUGGUACAUAUAGGAGGUAUUAAUGACAAGUAGUGGAAUAUAAGCUUGGGUUUUAGGUGUGAAUCUGAUACUGAAUCCAUAGCAGGAUCUUGGAUUUUUCUGUUGUUUUUGUUAGUUUUUAAUUAGGAAAGUAGAAUGAGGAGAGUUAAAGUAUUUUGAGUACAGAGGGACCUUGUUUCUGUGGAUAGUGGUGGCAGGAUAAUAGUAGUUAAAUAUAUAUAUAGCAAAUGGUUUAUAAGAUAAAUGAAUUCAAAAGGUGAAAAAGGUUUCCAUUCAGAAAGCAGGGAAAAUGGAAAGAUUCUAGGAGAAUAAUCCAAGAUUCAGAGUGAUAAUAACACAGAUACUUUUCUGUCUCCAUCAGUUCUAAUUUUUUCCAUGAAUUUUUCUCUUUAACAUCCUUUUCCAUCCAUUCAUCUGAUCAUAUUUUAUGCUGUACUGUCCUACGAGAUGGCUUGUCCCCAUCAUUUGU